AUGCUAAUGGUGAACCGGCGAGUUAUUGUCGAGGAAGUAGUUUGUCCUCUUCAGAUUAGUCAUGGUUCUCCCAAUGAAAUUAUCCAAGAUGAGCUUUAUUUCCAUAAAGUGUGUGCAAAAUGGGUGACAAGAGAGCUUACUGCAGAAGGCAAACGCAAACGUCUUGAGGUCGGCCGACUUUUACUCGAUCGCUACGACAACGAGGGCAGAAUAAUUACAGGAGAUGAAACACGGGUCCAUCGUUAUGAGGCAGAAUCAAAAAGACAGAGCAGGGACUGGAAACAUCCUGACUCGCCAGCAACGAAGAAAUUCAAGACUCAGUCUUCCGCGAGGAAGGUAAUGCUAACACAUUUUGGGGAAUCAAAAGAGUAUAUACAAGAAGACUAUCUGGAAAAGAGGUGUAUGUUCAACAGUGCAAGAUAG